AUGAAGCGUAAUGGUGAAAGGGUCAAGAAUGGCACGUACACUCAAUUUCGAAUAGCUGCCGAAAAUCGGAUUUCGCGCCAUCAAAGCCUGAUAGAGGACGAAGAAGACUCGAACAGGAUCGAAGCACUUGGCCGUCGGGAAACAAAACAGCUGUACCGAUAUCAAAACCCCAUGAAGAAGAGCUCCGAAUGGCAUCGUACAGAAGAUGCACGAAGGCGGCGGGAGGUAGAAGAACACGAUAAGAAUAUUCCCAGUGGCGAGGUGCCCAAACUACGUUUCUUGGGCACCGCAGAGGAUAACGCGAAAAAUCCAUUCCCGGGCCUCGGAGACAUGCCCAUCCCAUCACGCGGAUGGAAGAAGGCUCCGCCGAGGACAGAACCUUGGCCUCCCACUGCUCCACCAACAGCAGAUCUAUCAAACAUCUAUCCCAGCACGGACAGGCCGGAGAAUUAUGACUACAAAUCCGAACCCAGACUGAUUGUCCAGGCACGGGGACGCCCCCCAACUGGUCGCAUCAUGACCAAGACGAGUACUCAUGGUGGGAGUGUACACCACAGAACCAGCCGUGGAAGCCGCGCGGCUCGUGCUCCCGACGUAGAGUGGCUUGGGACCAACCCCAGGGUUAUUGGCGCCAGCCCAGCUCCGGCGCCAGCAGGUUUUCCGUCCGCCAGUUCAGCUCGAGAUAUAGAGUGGCUCGGGACCUAUGCCAGGCCCAAUAUCACAAGAACCUCUUCUGGUACCAGCCCAGCUCCGGCGCCAGGAGGUAGCGGCAGCGGCGGAAACAGUCCAGGAGAUUAUGGUCUUGGUUUAGUAGCGGCAUUCAAUAGGGGUAAUCUGGAUGUUGUUGGUGGAGGAGGUGGAGGAGGGGCCAAUAUCACGAGAACCACUUUUGGUGCCGGCGGCGGAGGAGGCGGAGGAGCGUCAUAUGGCGCUAUGAGUCCCUAUACAGCGAAUGACUAUACCAGUGGGCUUGCCGGUGGGUACGGAGGAGUCGCAGGGGGGUCAUAUGGCGCGAUGACUCCCUACACUGGGGGAGGAGGCGGGGGAGGUGGUUACUCGGGCGGAGGGGGUGGUUACUCGGGCGGAGGAGAUGAUUACUCGGGCGGAGGAGGCGAUGAUUCGGGAACUCCCAACAUCACGCGAACAACCUUCGGGGGGAUGUAG